CAGCCAUCCUGGAAGGACAAUUCAGAGAUUAAGGUUGGUGUUGCUGUGUUGCUGUAUGACAUAGUUUAAGGACACUUGGUUGGUCCAUAUAUGGACAAUAAAGAGUCUCUAGCCUAACCCUCUUUAAUUAAGAGAUCAUAGUCAUGUACCUGUUGUAGUAGUUUCCACUGCAUUUGUGUCGUUUGAAUGUUCUCUUUUUAAGGAAUUCUUUACCCACUUGUUUCUAAUUUAUACCUUGAAUGAGGCUUAAAACCGAUUCAGCCGCAUAUCGUGUAAUACUUGCUAAUAUUUGUUUAAUUAAUGUUUCGAUAUCAAUUUUAAUUAAAGGAUCUGAGAAAAACUGCAGAAGACCAAAAGAAGGAAAUAGAAACGCUUCAAGAGAACAUUGCGUGAGUAGAAGUUUAACCAAAGCUAAGGUAACGUGUGAAGUAUAACAAAUGAGUUUGCGUUAAAAUUCUUUGGGAUGGUCUCAGCCUGAGGUGCAGUUUAUAGCGCAAGAGAUAAGGUUCCAUGCAAACUCUUCGGGAUAUUAUCAGAAAUUUCGGAACAUCCUCGGAAAUGUACGGGUGUCUUCGGAUAUGAUCGGGUCCCAGGCUUAGCUGCAGUGUAUAGCACAUGAGAUUAGGUUGCAUUAGAACUCCUCGCAAUAUUAUCAGUUUUUGGAACAUCGGGUUUCAUCGGAAACGAUUGGAUCCUUUAACAUAAAUCUCACGCAUUUAAAGCCAGUUGUAGAAAAGACGGUAAAUUUUUCUUCCAGUUUUUCUUAAUUUUUCCAAUCUGUCUCAAACACUGGACACUGAUAACUCUGGUAAACUAUCCUUCAGUUUUCAGAAGAGACUUGACUAGACACUAGUUUUUGAAAGUAGGUCAGUGUUUGAGGUUGGUCGUCUCCUUUGAUGCUAGAGAUGGAAUCUAAAUAUUUAUCCGCUCCACUACAGGACAUCGCAAUUAGCUUUGGCGCAAGAAGAAGUCGCCACUUUAAAGCUUACAAAGGACGCUACCCUACAAGCUCAGUGAGUAUCAAGUGUAUUAAAACGAUAAAUUUUAUCUUCGCGUGCAUGGAUGUGUUUUGGGCCAGACUCAGCGCCAUUUUAGCCUGAGCCACUACGCCAAAGUUAAAAUGUCUCUUAGAAGAACCAACAACAAAUUUUUGCCCAAGAGCAUAAACUGUAUCACUUAGGAGGGCGUGGACAAAAUAAAAACAAUAAAAAAUGAUAACAAAACAGUCUGGUUAAUCGGGUAAGCGAGCAGGUUAGAAUACGUUUAGAGGAUUGAAAUUCUACAAGUGUUCUAUAGAAAGAUGUUAUUGUAUUUUUGUUCAGGGAGGUUCAUAGUGCAUUGAAAUGUUUUCCUUUGUUGCAUAGGAAAGUAAGAGAUCGCGAAAUUAUGGUCAAUCAUUUAAAGAGAGAGGUAUGUACUUCGCUACCACAAUGGUCCUGUUUUAAGGUUUCGGAGCAUAUUAGAUUGAGUGUGGCGCGUAGUCCUUCAAAAUGUAAGAGUGAUUAGCAUCUAAUUUCUCCCUAAGGCCGAUCAAAAUGACGAGAAGCGCGGGUGACAGGAAUCGAGUAAUUGAGAUCUUGCUACUGAUUGGUUAAAAGGGUGGAUGGCGCAAGUUAUCUGGGCCAAUCAUGAAGCGGAGUGAAGCGAAAUAUUAAAUUUCCCGGAUAACACUCAAUGAAAUCGCUCUGUUUGUGUAAUUUAAGUUAUGGCUAUAUUAAAUAAUUACGGCUGAGAAGUUACUGUCCGCCUGAUUCAUCGAAACAAAUUUACCAAGAGUUAUUUACAAAGAGUAAUUUUCCUCUCCUGCAGCUGAAAGAAAAGAAGGAGUCAGUAGAGUGGAUGACCGACAAGUGAGAGAAGCUUUUAUCGUUUCGUAAUUAACUAUUUUUUGUGUUACAACACAGCCCCAGUUGUUUGAAGGGUUGAUAGCGCUAUCCACUGGAUAAAUUUCUCUCCAGUGGAUAGCGCAGUUCGUUGUUUAAGUAUUUAUGCGCUGGUUAGCGAUUUAUCCGUCGGAAAGCGUUAUCCACCCUUUAAAUGACAGGGCCCAGACUUUUAUUAUGUUUUCCCAGAGAAUUUUUCGGAUGACCUUUAUGAGUCGAGCUCAUAACUAACGAUGAUGCCCCAAUGUAAGAAGAACUUAGCCUUAGAUGCAUGUAAUAAAUGUAUCCUUAGGUUUUUGUCGUUUAUUUUUCAAUAACAUUUAAGUUGUAGGGCUACAGAAAUUUCCAAUCAAAUUAUGUCACUGACAUUUUUUUUUUCUUGUCUGUAACAAUCAUUUUUAACUUGCUCACUUAAAACUCAAUCUGUAGUUUAACUCUCUGUGUUUUAAACUGAAUCAUGUUUAAGGUUUAAGAAAGAACGAGAGAAUCUGCUUGCUAUGAGUACGAUGUUUAAAUAUGUACAGAAUGAGACCGGCAAAGUCAAACGAUCUUUACAGGUAAGUUGCGAAAUGAAACACUUUUAUUCGUUAACUGACUUUAGUUGCAAUUGUUAGACUAGUCAGGCCUAGGCCUUCCUCAAAGAACACACCACGUGGCAUGGGAUUGCUAACUUGUUGUUUCAAGCUGGGUUAAGAUAACCCAGUGAAAUCUGAUUUCAGAGCUGAAAGCUUUAGAAGAAAAUUGGUUAUAACUUGUUUUGUCAGCAACUUGGUGAUUGGAUGCUCUAACAUGACUAGAGAAAAUUAUCCCAAAGACCGGGCUUUUGAAAAAAAUUGUAAAAAACCUAGAUCAAAUUUAACCUUGGGUUAGCACUAAUCGGCCUUCGAACAACUGGGCUUGGUGCACGGUGAAAUUCGGUGCGCAUGCGUCGCUUUCCCUAUUUUCGCCCUGUCCUUACGAGGUUAAAGGAUGGAGGACCUGGGUUCAAGGCAGAUCAACCAAUCACAAUUAUCUCCUUGGGAAAGAUGCAUAAAAAGAACAUAUACUGGAAAGAAAAAUUAGAGGAAAUUUGAAGUUCACGAGUAGAAAAAUGUGUAAAAAAUCGUUUUCCUUACUGCUGGUACAAGCGUAUAAUCAAUCAUUUGUUGUUUGCUUUUGUUCUGUUAAUUCAGGAAGAAAGAAAAAGCCGCGAUCGGUGAGUGUUCAUUUACGUAUUUGUAUGAUGUAGUUAAACAAGAAAGGACAUAUCCUCUCUUGAUUUCUAAUACUGUAUAAAAUUUGUGGGGUAAAAGUUAAGUUACUGUCGACGGUGCAAUUGUUUACGUCAUCGAUGUUGCGUUGAACGAAAAAAAACCGCAAAUUUUGCACUGAGUGUCGCAAAAACAAAACUAAAAUUUCUUGCUCUUUGACCCCAAAGACUGACUGCAUCUAUUUUCUCAAUACAAUAUCACCCCUGAAUAGCACAGUAAAGUAAUAAGAAUAUAGUAAAUGAUCAUCUACUAAAAAAGCUGUUGAUUAUCAAGCAAAUUCUCCUUGUCAGCACUUUAGAAAAUGAAUAGAGAACAGCUUGGAAAAUAUAUAUUCUGAUGUUAUGGUGUAAAAGGUUAACUGAUGCCAAUCAUAGCAGAGGUGAAUAUCACUGAGUAGCCUUCAGUUUUUGCGUAUGCACUGUACCAUGGUACAUUUAAUCUAAAAACUUCAACCUGUUUUUUUCUCUGAUUUCCUGCUUGGAAUAGGAAAGAAGCUGAGCUAAAGUGUGAAAUCUCCAGUCUAAGCAACAAAGGCGCUGGGCUCCAGUCGAGGGUGACAAAUUUGAUGAACAAGAUCAGUGAACAUAAAAAGGAGAUAGAGAAACUGCGGACUGCAAAGGGAAAGCUUAGGGAUAACGUGUACAAGCAAGAGAUAACCAUAAAUAAAAUGGAAAAGAAGCUUGGCAAGGUCAGUGAAUCAAGUAUCAAAAAAACCUGUUUAUAGAGCGCUUUUACAUCAACCUUCUGGCACUUUGACUUCUUAAAAUAUUUUUACUCCGGAAUAAAAUGUCAAGAUCUCGAGGAUGAAGGAAAUGAUUACCAUGACUGCAGACGCUCUUGAUUGUGAAACAAAUUCUCCUUGUCAGCACUUUAGGAAAUGCAAAGGGAACAGUAUGGAGAAUAUACAUACUGAUGUUAUGGUGUAAAGGGUUAAAGAACAGCUAAGGUUAUCUCCUUGUCAUAUAAACAACGCGUUUGAUGGGAAAGAGCGUGCGAAUAUGUUGGUCAGCUGACGUUCGCGCAUGUGUAAACGUUGUAAUGGCGAGGAGGGCCUACACAAGCCAAUGAGUCACGCUGUGUUAUGGUCUCAUAGCGUUCUGGUAAAGCUCAACAGGUUAACCGAACUUUGUGUUUGAAAAGUCUCGAGUUUUCUCUUUUUCCUUAUUUUCAUUUCUUUUUACAGACCUCUUUGAACUUUUCAUGCGGUAGCAAAGAUUACUCUUAUUAAACUAAGUGAUCCUUAAUUUUGUUGUUUGUUUUAUCUUUUAGAUGGAGAAUCGCAGUGAGAACUUCAAAAUGUAAGUGAAGUGUGAUUAUUUCUUUCAUAACAUGCAGGAUUUUCGUUGUAUCACAGUAAAAUUCACCCGACCCCACCCAUAAGGCCCUCCCCUUUUAUACUCCGUCAGCGACAAAUGUCCCCUCCCCCCUCCGUUCCCCCGGAAAACCAUGUGAACCUCACAAAAUCCUCCAGACCCUCCUUAGGUGACAAAUAAUUACGGGUCUCUAUAUAGAGGGAAGACUGGGGAUGAGUCGGGUCUCGAUCUGAGGUUAUGUGACCAUUGCAGUGUCCAGGCAUACAGGUUUUGAUUUUACAUCGGAUCAUGUCUGAUUGCUUCAGUUUCCUCGUUCACUCACUUUAUGUCUCAUUUUUCCGCAGGCGUCUUCGUAAAAGCGAAAAAAGGAAGGAUGAAAAUAUCAUGAAGGUGAAUUUUCUUUCUGUGAAAAGACUCUGGAAAAAAUACCAAGUAUUUUGAUAAUUUUUAAUUAAUUUUUUUUAUUUUUGAUUUCUUUAAGUAAGCUACGACGGAAUCCUUUUUCAACCUGUUACUUAGCAACGUAAUCAGGCUCACGUCCUUUUAGGGUUGAUGUGAACUGAUUGAUGGAAAUGAACAUUGUUAAACACGUGGGUAGCUGUACAUACUAAAACUUUAAGCUUCAGAGUUAAUGUGAAUUGUUCGAAUGUAACAUUAUUUUCCAUUGUAAAUUGUAGGGCCUCGAAUACAGGAAAAUCCUAUCACAGAAAAAGAAAGAGUAAGUAAUAACAUCAGUUGUUGUUAAUUGUAUUUAUUAUGAGCUUAGAGACCACUCAUUGUCAAUUGCCGGGGGGGGGGAUUUUGGGGUAAUUACAUGGUUUUUAAGGUGGAAGGGAGGGGGAAUCAUUCGUCGCUAAAAGAGUAUCAAGGGGAGACUAUAAAUUAAUGACUGCCAAAGAGAGGGGUUCGAUAGAAUGCUACGGAGCCUGUGGAAGGGGGGGGGGGGGGGGAGAAUCAGGUAAGUUUUACUGUGACAAACCAAAAUCCUCCAACUCGUUCCGUACUUUUUAUAAAGUCGGCAGAGUCCUCUGAAACAGGUCUCGUAAUUCCAGUAUGUGACUUUUUAAAUCAUGUAGUCCAGUAACCAGUUUUCAUUUAGGAACUUUUGAUAAGCCCCUUGAAAUCUGACGCUAUCUGUGCUUCAGCGCGGUCGUAAUUCAUCUUAAUAUCAUUCCAUCAGGCUGAAAACGAUUCAAGAACAACACAAGGCAGAGAAGCAAUCACUCCUUGCACAAAUUGAAAGUUGCAAAGCCGAAUGCCGAAAGAGAAGAAGAAUUAUUGAGGUAAAUAUUGAUCAAUUAAGUUAAGAAUUCAUUUGUCAUCAAAGUUUGUAACUUUAAAUAAGUCGCGUACGCCAGUCUCGUUUCCAAGGCUUUCGAAAACGAGGCGGAAUGUGGGUAAUGCUCUGCGCGCAAACGAAAGGCAUGACGUGAAAGAAUCUGGCGCUACAUCGAGUUGAACUCUGUGCUAGUCCUCUUUCCUUAUCUUGAAACAAAUAACUAUUGGGAAAAAAUUGACCAAAACAGCUUAAGUCGUUUCCCUUCUCCUUAAGAAACAGAUAUAUACUGAAUUGAUGUUACUAAACAACGUCUUAAAUUGUUUAACUUAUUUUCUGUUUAAGGCCGACAAAGAAAUGAAAGUUACUUUGGGAGGGUAAGUAAACUUUGCUGUUCUGUUGGCAAAAGUCAGAUAAAAGGGCAGAAAGAAAACAAAAAUUGAUGCUAAGAUUUUCCUUCGAUUCAAUUUGUUUGCAAAUUGCUGGUGUGGAUUAAUGCGCCAAUCAGCUAUCACUAUCACACCAAUCAGCGUCACUCGCCUUUUGCACCACUCUGCCGGUCAGGUUGAUUAAAGAAUAGCAAAGCAUUUACCAUUUUUAAUCCAAAGUCGUUUAUGGAAUUUCUUGUUAGUUAAGGCCUAUGGUUUUGAUAUGAUAAACAAACUGAUACAUAUCUGCGCUCUCUCGUGAGAUAUCGAGUUGAACAAUUGAAGAGAAUUCUACUAUUCUCUGUUUGAAAAUUUAAAGUUUUGCAUUUAAAUAAAUUCUUUACUAACACAGACCUGUCCUUUAUUUUAAGGACAAUCGAAUUUCUUCGACAGAAGGUAAGAAAAUUCCCAAUCUUCCCACUCCAAAAUAAAUCGAAAUUCACAUUCCCCUUUUCGUUUUCGAUUGUAAUUUCAUGAUUGUUUGUUAUGUGAAUGUGGUGAGAUAUCAGGGCAAAUGUUGGAUGAUGAUGACAAAAUCUUGAUCAUCGUCACCAGAUCGCUUUAUAGCAUUGAAGUUGGGCCAUUACUGUCUGAGCAAUAAUGAUCAGUAAUCCAGGACUUGCUUUGGUUUUUACUGUGCCGCGUUCUCUAGUUGGUCCAGAAAACUUUCGCCCACUCAGCUAUAGCAAUUUUCAACUGAGUGUCGACAGUAGUGUGGGAAUAUAUUACUUCUGCUUUAGUUUCAAAAAAUUCGCGCUUUCUUCUCAAAAGAUCAGCUGAUACAAAGAUACAAAACCAAUCAUUACUAAGUCGCUCGCGUUUUCCCGCGCUUUGGGCAAUGAGGUUGUUUUCACUAUGAAUUCUCGUGGGCUCUUAAAGUUAUUUUCUUUCUUCUUCAGAUUGGCCGUUGUAUUUACUUUAGUUUUUGUUUUACGACAUUCAGUCGAAACGCAUUCUAUCCAAAAGGUUUUUUUUCUUUUAUUUCUGAUUGGAAAACGACGUCAUUGCGUCACGACAUCAUCACUAAUUAAUUUUAGUUCACUUAAUACUUUUUGAUCGCAAAUACCUUUGACGUAGUUUCCCAUUUUUCAUCUACAACAGGGACAUAUGCCUCCUCCACCUUCGAUGUCCAUGAACUCUCACUUAUAACCCUUAGACACGCCUAAUACUGGUACCAAACUGAAUAAACCUUUUAUUUUCCUCUUUUUUUUCAGAAUGCCUUCCUCCUACGAGAACUAACCAGCGGUUUCGUUGGUAAAUACAGAAUUGCAAGGCAGUUCUUUGGAGCUGUCCUUGGCGCAAUCAGAGCGCGCUUCCACUGA